GGGAGUGAUGGUUCUCCACGACAUAACGUUUCAACAGCAUUUCUAUCAUCUCAACAAACAUCAGCACACACACAGACCCAUCGUGUGUAGUCACAGUGUGUUGUUACAGCUGCUGUAUUACUCAGGCAGAGAAACAAAAGAGAGGUAACUGCGCUCAGAGAUGGAGAAAGACAGGAAAGGAAGAAGAGAGGUCAAAUUUAAAGAUAAACUCCACUUGGCAUCUUCACUCCUCCAGCAGCCAUGGCUCUCUCUGUAUCUGGAGGAACCGUGUUCACUGUACUCCUCAUUAGCAGGUUGUUAGAGAGCUCGUUGCUCAACGCAGAAGUGAAGGAAGGAGAGAUUCUGCCUCCUACCAUCCAGAGGCUGAUGAAAGGAUACAACAAGUACCUCAGGCCUUUCUUUGACAAUGGUCCGGUAACAGUGGGUAUGAGUUUGGACAUUGCCAGCAUUGACACCAUUUCAGAGAUCAACAUGGACUACACGGCCACCAUAUUUCUCCGCCAGCGAUGGACUGAUGAGCGCUUGGUUUUUGAAGGCAACAAGAGCUUGAGCCUUGACGGGCGGCUGGUUGAGCUCCUCUGGGUCCCCGACACGUUUAUUGUUGACUCCAAGAAGUCCUUCCUCCAUGACAUCACUGUGGAAAACAGGCUGAUCCGCAUCUUCCCCAACGGGACUGUCCUUUACGCACUAAGGAUUACCACCACUGUGGCUUGCAACAUGGACCUGACCAAGUAUCCCAUGGACAAGCAGACCUGUACGCUACAACUGGAGAGCUGGGGUUACAACAUAAAUGAUGUUAUGUUCUACUGGACCAGAGGAAAUGAGUCUGUCAGUGGUUUAGACAGUCUCCAACUGGCUCAGUAUACAGUAGAAGACCACUACACAUCUGUCUCAGAGGCCAUCUAUGAAACUGGCCAUUAUCCCAGGCUUGUCUUCCACUUUGAGCUGAAGAGGAGCAUUCUGUACUUCAUCCUGGAGACCUAUGUCCCCUCCAGCCUGCUGGUGGUCCUCUCGUGGGUUUCCUUUUGGAUUUCCUUGUCUUCUGUUCCAGCACGUAUUUGCAUAGGAGUGACCACAGUACUGACCAUGACAACUCUGAUGAUGGGAGCCCGGACAUCACUACCCAAUGCCAACUGCUUCAUCAAGGCCAUCGAUGUGUAUUUGGGGAUCUGCUUCAGCUUUAUCUUUGGAGCACUUAUUGAGUAUGCUGUGGCCCACUUCUGCACCCUCACUCAUGCUGAUGCACACAUGCUCAUGUACGGCCACCGAAUGCACGACUUUGAUGAUGAAAUGAACGGCAUCAUCACCACCAUCUCCACUCACUCCAACAGGGCCAAGAGGCGCAAGGAGCCCACUGCAACUUCUCCUUCAGUUCCCGCCUCAACAGAACUCGCUGUCAGCCCCUCUAGCCCCUCGGGCAGUGAGCCCAAGCCUGAGGCGGCACCCCCAGAGCACACCAACUGGUGCCUCACUGUUCUGGCCACCCUUCGCAAGAUUCUGCGCGCCAUACACUGUUGUCAUGUGGAGAACCCCCACCAUAUAGACAACUACUCCAGAGUCACCUUUCCACUGUCUUUUGUCAUUGUUAACCUACUCUACUGGACAUAUUAUCUGUACUUUUAGCAUUUGUUUAAGUGCUGCAUAUGUCCAGGAGAGUUUAAGACGGAGAGUGUUUGUAGACAACAAGUGUACCUUACUGUACAUACGUACAGUAAGUGUUAUUCAGGUGUGUUCUGGGUUGAUUGUGUAAAAUUUCUACAUUUGGAUUCAUGAGCGAGGUCGCAUUCUCAUAUGGGAUUGUUCUGGUGGAAAAAAGGAAUGCUUAUAAUUGCAGCUCCAUUUUAAAUAUUAAUAAGUACUCAAACUAUGACUUUGCUUAAAAUUUGAUGGAGUUGGUUUUGAUAAAAAUAGGCCUACCUGACUAUGACAUGGUGAUAUUUUAUAAAUUCUGUCACGCUUUAAUAUUUAUUUUAGGAUGGAGCUGUAAUUGAAGGCUUUAUGGCAGAAUUCACCUGCGCUAUUGAGUGAGAACAAAUUCACAUUCCACUUUGAGUCUCUUUUAUGAUGGAUUGAUCAUUGAUAUUUUACAACUUCAUCUCCCGUUUCUGCCUGCAGGUACAACAUUUAGAGUGAAAUAGGAAAAGUAACAGAUGGCAGAAGAGGGCUGAAAACGACAGGCAAGGGAGGUGAAAAAAUCACUACAAUGGAGCGUGUGUUGAGAAAUAUAAACCUCCAAAGGACGAGCUUUCUACUCAUUGUUGAAAGCUCUCAUUCUUCUGUGUCCUUCUGUGAGUUAUUUUUAAUUCACUACAGUACUGUUUCUCCCAGCCUGCAUAUGACCCUUUUUUCAUUUCUAUAAAUGUAGUGGCCUUGGAUACCUUCAGUUGUAUUCUGGAAAUCUGGCUAUUGUGAACAGUUUAAUGGCACUUGUCACGGUAUGAAUCUGUUCUGCUAUUUCAUAAAGGGAAGCACCCCUGCACACUCCAAGAUAUGGAAGUCCAAAGGAAUCCAUAUUAAAUAAAUAAAUGGCAAAUUACCAAUGAAAAUUCAUGUUAAUAAAUGGAGUGAGAUUUUAUAUAUAUGUGCCCGGCCUUCAGAUAUAGAAAUACUCUUUACUUUUGUUAAAUCCAAGCCAAGAAUAUGCUGGCCAGCUAACCAGCUAGAUUAGCUUCUCAGUCUUCUCAGUACAGAUUGUUAUUUUCUUUUUCAUCAAAUUGCCAGAUUUU